UGCUUCGUCGUCGUCGUCGUCUCUUUCGUAGCUCGCUCUCUCUCUCUAGCUCGCUGUGCGAUCGCGCUCUCCGCAGGUUCCUCUCGCAAUCGCUGUUGAAGGUUCGACGUCGAAUCGCGCUUUUCGAGAUCGAGAUCGAGAGAGAGAGAAGGAGUGUGGGGGAAAAGGGGGCUUUUUGAUUUCUCACCGGAUUGAGCGAUUUCCGACGGCGGCGGCGGCGGCGGCGGCGGCAGCGGCAAUGGACGAGAAUUCAGCCCUGAUACACCAGAUUCUGAGGGAGCAGCAGGAGGAGUUGGGGAGCCAGGUCGCCAAUCGGGGCUCGAGCCACAAGGAGAAGGACGAAAGCCACGGUUGGCAGACCGUCGUCUACCCCAAGCGCCACCGGAAGGCCGCCGCGAAACCCCAGCCGGGCAGGCCCGGCCACGACGCCCGCCCCAACGGCGACGCCGACGUCUUCCGAUCGAUCGAGCUGCAUGCCGAGGAGCGGCGCCGGCGGGUCCUCGAGGCCCAGGAGGCCGCCGCCGCCGCCGCCGCGGCGGGCGCCGGCGGCGGCGGAUCGAAGCGGCUCUCCGACGAUGAGGACGAUAGCGACGCGGAGGGCGCCGGCGCGGUCGAGAACGGCGGCGUCGAGGCGAAGAAGGUGAAGCCGAAGAAGCCGAAGAAGCCCAAGGUCACAGUGGCUGAGGCGGCUGCGAAGAUCGACGCCGGGCAUCUCAAUGUAUUCCUCGCUGACAUAACGGCAUCGUAUGAAUCGCAGCAGGAUAUACAACUGAUGCGGUUUGCCGAUUACUUUGGUCGUGCGUUUGCCUCAGUGGGCUCUGCACAAUUCCCUUGGCUGAAGAUAUUCAAGGAGUCUCCUGUGGCAAAAUUGGUUGAUAUCCCUCUGGCUCAUAUCUCAGAAGAUGUCUAUAAGACAUCGGUUGAUUGGCUCAGCCAGAAAACCCCUGAAGCACUUGGUUCGUUUGUAUUAUGGUUGCUUGAUAGCAUUGUCACUGAUCUGACUAGUCAUCUUGGAGCUGUUAAGGGAUCCAAAAAGGUGGUUCAGCCAGCACCAUCUAAGUCUCAGGUCGCCAUAUUUGCUGUCUUGGCAAUGGCGGUGAGGCGAAAACCUGAUGCAUUGAUUAGUUUGCUGUCUGCAUUGAAGGAAAAUCCUAAAUAUGUGGGUCAAGAUAAGCUUCCGGUCAUUGUUUGGGUGAUUCUUCAGGCCUCCCAAGGAGACUUGGUUGUGGGCUUGUACAUGUGGGUUCAUCUUCUCCUGCCCCUGCUAUGUGGCAAAUCUUGCAAUCCGCAGUCCAGAGACUUGAUUUUACAGCUAGUUGAAAGAAUCUUGUCCUCCCCAAAAGCCCGGCCGAUUAUCUUAAAUGGCGCAGUCAGGAAAGGCGAACGCUUAAUACCACCAGCAUCUCUUGAUCAAUUGAUGAAAGUUACUUUCCCGGCACCUUCAACUCGUGUAAAGGCAACUGAGAGGUUUGAGUCAAUUUAUCCGACUUUAAAAGAGGUUGCCCUUGCUGGCUCCUCUGGAAGCAAAGCAUUGAAGCAGAUAGCCCUGCAGAUCUCAAAUUAUGCAAUCAAAGCUGCUGGAGAAGGAAUCCCUGAUUUAUCCAAUGAAGCUAGUAACAUUUUCAUUUGGUGUUUGAGUCAAAAUAGUGAAUGUUACAAGCACUGGGACAAGCUUUAUCUGGAUAAUCUGGACGCAAGUGUCCUUAUUUUGAAGAAGUUGUCUGAUGACUGGAGAAUCCACUCAUCUAAGCAACCUAAUCUUGAUCCUUUGAGAGAAACUUUAAAGCUUUUCAAGCAGAAGAAUGAGAAAGCUUUGGCAAAGGAAGAUGAUGCUUCUCACCAUGCAUUACUCAAAGAUGCUGACAAGUACUGCAAAAGCAUGCUGGGGCAGUUGUCGAAGGGCCCCGGAUGCUUGAAGAUUCUGAUGUUCCUUGCAAUCCUGGCCAUCUUUGCUGCAGUCAUGUUCCCGAAUUUGCAAUCUUGGGAUUGGGACUUGAACAAACUGCUCGAGAAAUUAAACCUCCCCCAGAACUUCUAACUCCCACACAGACUGGCUAUUGGUUGGAGGACAGUUUCAACAACUAUAACGGUAGAGUUACGAGGCAUAGAUCAUUGCGAAGUUGCCCAUGAAACAAUGGGCUGAGGAUGAGUUCUCUCGAAUAUUAUGAGAUCUUUGUUGGGUCCAAGGCAAAGUUGAACUAGUCACAGUGGCCAGAUUUUGUUGGCCGACCCCUUUUAUAGAGUUUUUAUGGAUUUUGGUUGCCUAAGUUCUUCUAGUUUUGUGGUAGAUUCACAAUAAGCGGUGACUAAUUUAUGGUGCUUUGCUCAUUACAUUGGGGUUUUGAGUUUUAAUUGAAUUGGCACAGAGGAAGGAGAAUGAAAGUGGUUGGCAAAGGUUAUUUCUCA